AUGGGGAUUAGUUUUUGUAAAAUUGAUAAUUCUUCAAAUAUACACACAAUCGAAAUAGAAAAUUCAAACUCUCAACGAAUUAGUGCUGUAUAAAAACCAAAUAGUUAACUUGGAAAAAUAAAUUUAUAAGAAAUUUCUUCUGUAGAUUCUGUUCAAACCUCAUCAAAGUCAGAGAGAUAGUGUUUAAAAUGCAAAAACGUAAUUUCUUUUACUUUUGUUGAAACUUAAUGUAAAAAAAAUUGUUAAUUUCAUUAAAUUUGUAUGGAAAAUCACCUAAAAAAUUUAAUCGAAUCUGGAAAACCAAUGAUAAAAUGUGCAUGUGGCACAAAAAUCAAUACAAAUUUUCUAAGAUAAUCAUCAAUUCCUGGGAAAAUGAAUUUGCUUACAAGACUUUUUGAACAACAACUAGAUUAUAUAUUAUAAUCUUCAUCAUAAAUAAGAAGGGAUGAAGAGGUUCAAAAUUAUGUAAAAGAAAAUAGAUUAUCAAAAGAAUUAUAUGACUAUUUUUUAAUUGACUAAAAUUUAUUAAUCUAUGAGGAAACCCCUUAAUGA